AAAUAUUAUAAAAAAAUAAUGGAACAAAGAGAUGGAUAAUCGAUUGGUUAGACAAAUGGUCUAGCAUUAACAACAGGACAUGGAGGGAGUGAAUAAAACAAAUUACUUCAUAAGAUGAGCGAAUCAAGUAGUCCGAUGAAGACAGAUCUUUAAAUAAAUUAGAACAAAGAAAUAUAUUCAGAUGAAGAAAUGAAAAACUUUACAAAGAGGGGAAUAAUUUCAUUGAUAGGAGGUGUAAUUUUACAUUUAGAACUGGGAACUUUUUAUGUUUGGGGAUCAAUAAGUAAUAAAUUAAAAAUAAUAUUUUAAUAGGUCCUUAUGUAGCUGCAUGGAUGAGAGAAAAAGACAAAGGAGUAACACUAAACUUCAUGGCUAUAAUAUUUCCAAUACUUGGAGUAAUAACAAUGUCAGUUCUUUCAUUUGGAAUAAAGAUAGCAGAGAGAAUUGGAUUUAAAGUUACGAUAGGAAUAGGAUCAUUUACAAUAGCACUUGCUUUUUUGAUAAUCUCAUUCAUCUAAGAGAUAGGAGGAUUUAUAGCAGUAUAUUGUAUAAUGGUUGGAAUAUCUGGUGGUUUAUUGUAUAUGUUACCAAUUAUAUGUGGAUGGAGAUACUUUCCUAAUAGAAGAGGAUUAGUAUCAGGCAUGACAAUUGGUGGAUAUGGAUUUGGGUCAUUUAUUUUUAAUUUUGUUUGUAAGGCAAUAGCAAACCCAAAUAAUUUAAAGCCUACAGUAAUAGAGAAAGAAGAUGGAAAAGAUGUCAAAUACUUUGAUAAUUAAGUAGGAGAUGAAGUUCCCUUAAUGUUGUAAGUCUUGGCUGCCAGCUAUCUUGGAUUAGGCAUAAUAGCUACAAUAAUGAUUAGAUACCCAUCUGAAAUAGAUCCUGAUAAAAUGUUAGCUACUUUAGAUGCUGAAGAAUAAAAAAAAAGAAAAGAAGGUGCAGCUCCUCCUCCUCCUCCAGUUUUACCUGCUCAUAAAGAAUGUGUAGAAGUGUAAGAUAUUUUAUUUAUUUUAUUAGUUCUAGAGGCAUAAAACAUCCAUCUUUUGUUAUUCUUCAAUUAAUAGUUUUGAUGUCUUGCACUUUUGGUAUGUUGAUAUCAAAUUGCUAUAAAUAUUAUGGUUUAGAGUUGGGUAUAGAUGAUGCUACUUUAACUGCUACAGGAUCAGUUGCAGGAGUAAUGAAUGGAUCAUCAAGAUUCUUUUGGGCUACUUUAACAGAUAAAACAUCAUAUAAAUUCACAUUUACUUUAAUAUCAAUUCUUAAUCUAAUAACAACUGCUAUUUUACCAUAUAAUAAAGAUGGAAUUGGCUAUCUUUUAUUGAUAGCUGUAGUAUAUCUUGCUGAAGGAGGAUUAUUAGCUACUUAUCCAGUCAUUUGUGCUAAGAUUUAUGGAAAGAAGAUUGGGGGUUUAAUGUAUGGAUUUAUGUUUUUCUUUGUUGGAGUCUCUAAUAUGAUUGGAUAUAUUUUAUAUGCUUUUGCUAGAAAAUAAAUUAAAUGGGAAGGAGUCUUUUGGAUUUGUUUUUCAUUAAAUGUUAUCGGAAUUAUUUUAGGACUUGUACUUAAAGAAGUUGGUUAUGAUUGGAGAGAUUAAGCAGUCAUUGAUGCAGAAAAGGAAAAAGAAUAAGAAAAAGAAAGAGAAUUAUAAAACUUAGCUUAAAAUCAAAAUUGAAUUAAUAUUUUUAUUUUACAUUACUGUG